CUGAGCGGCGAGCGGCAAUGUAUCCCGGAGGAGAAUGAGGACAUCGGUGUCAGCUAGCGUGCCUUCCUCGUCUCGGGAGCACAAGCUUUUAGAGAGGGGAGGGAGCCCAGGACGAGGAGGGUCAAGGAAUGUGCGCGUGCGCACCAGGCCCACGUUGCCCCGGGCUGUGCGGGGAGGGCGGGACAGAGAGGGGCGUGACGUCAAGGGAGGGCGUGGCUCCAAGGCCGCGCAGGAACAGCUGGUGGUGCCGGACGAGGGCGUGGGCGGGAGGAGCUCGCGCGGGGUGCGCGGGUUGUGCGGCGGAGAGGGGGGCUCGCGCUGCAGCUGGAGCUACCACCACCGCCGCCGCCGCCGCCCGCCUUGCACCAUGUUGGAGGAGCUCAAGCAAUGCGAACGCGUGUGGGAAGAGCUAGAGUUGGAAUUCCAUGAAUUGCAGGAUACCCACAAAGUGUAUAGGCAAAAGCUAGAAGAGCUGACCACACUCCAGACAACCUGUAAUAGUUCAAUCAAAAAACAGAAGAAACGGCUGAAUGAACUCCAAAAUAGUCUUCAGAGGUGUAAGCUGAGUGCCAACAGCGGAGAGACCAAUCUCAUUCAGCAGAUGAGCGCAAGCAUCAAGGAACGGCACAAUGUCUUCUUUAACAUGGAGGCUUACCUGCCCAAGGAAAACGGGCUGUACCUCAGUCUGGUCCUGGGCAAUGUCAACGUCACCCUCCUCAGUAACCAGGCCAAGUUUGCUUACAAGGAUGAGUAUGAGAAGUUCAAGCUUUAUUUGACCAUCAUCUUCCUAUUCGGGGCCAUAGCCUGUAGAUUUUUCCUUAACUACAGAGUAACCGAUGAAGUGUUCAACUUUAUGCUGGUCUGGUACUACUGCACGCUCACCAUUCGGGAAAGCAUUCUCAUCAGCAAUGGCUCCAGAAUCAAAGGCUGGUGGGUGUCUCACCAUUACGUCUCCACCUUUCUGAGUGGGAUAAUGCUGACCUGGCCAGAUGGACUCAUCUAUCAAAAGUUUCGCAGUCAGUUCUUAGCAUUUUCCAUCUUUCAGAGCUGUGUCCAGUUCCUACAAUACUACUAUCAGAGUGGAUGCCUCUACAGACUCCGAGCUCUAGGAGAACGGAAUCAUUUGGACCUCACAGUGGAAGGGUUCCAGUCUUGGAUGUGGAGAGGACUUACUUUUCUCCUACCAAUCUUGUUCUGUGGUCAUUUCUGGCAGCUGUAUAAUGCCAUCACGUUAUUUGAGCUCUCUACCCAUGAAGAAUGCAAAGAGUGGCAGGUCUUCGUCUUGGCCAUCACAUUUCUCAUUCUCUUCCUGGGUAAUUUCCUGACCACACUCAAAGUGGUACACGCCAAACUCCAGAAGAAUAGAGACAAGAUGAAGUUAUGAGCAGUGAUGCCUUCCCUGCCCUGGCCGCCCUGGACCCUGACCCAGCUUUGGGGAAUACCGGGGGACGUUGUGUUGUCUUGGACACCUCUCUGGUCUCAGGUGGCUCCUCUCUGGUCUCAGGCCUCUGGGGGACUGGGAGCAGGCCUUGGGACCUCCGUUACACCUAGCUCCACGCUAGAAGAAUGUGAACUCUUCCAUUCAGUAUUACCCCAGACCUGUGCCCUACCCAAUCUAGAUGCCUGGUUCCCUAUUUAUGUGUCUAUUUAAGACUGGGUCCUCCCCACUCCCUUGGAACCAGAGACUUCUCUUGCCCCCAUAGCUGCCACUAUGCUGACAGAGGUUCGGGCCCUUUCUAGGGGUGCUCUUCUCCCUUCCCCUUGCCACAGGGGAGCAGGGGAAAAUGAGCACGUUUCAGUACCUCCCCAUGGUUCAGAUUUCGGUUUGGAAGUGAACUGUUGGGCUCUGCCCUGCUGUUUUGGCAUAAGAUGGGAAUGGGCAGUGAAUCCUUCCUUCAGUGUCCUGUGGGCCUUUUUCCCCCUUCCCUGGGAAUGCUGCUUACACCCCCAGGAUCCUCCUUUCUUCCUUCCUGCCUACCCCAGUGUGGGGCAGUUAAUUAAGGUCCUAGAGAACCACUCCGUCUCUCCAUCGUCGUCGUUGUCUCCAUCGUCGUCAUCGUCGUCUCCAUCAUCUCUGGGUCUCUCCUCCCAUCUGUCUCUUACCUCGGCCUGGCUCUGAUGGCAUUGUGCCUCCUGGAGCCGAGCCCUCGAUGACUUCUCACUUCCCUGCUUCCCAUCGGGGAGCCCUUCCUCGGGACUUCCUUCCCCAAUCCUCACCCCUCGCUGACGUGUUUGUGUUGGAGAGAGGGGACAGAAGAAUGUUUACAAGACAAGACUCAGGCUCCAGCGAGCAUGCCUAGCGUUCCACUGCUCGAGUCCACUUGGUGUAAUGGAAAGAAAAUUGGAUUUGGAGACAGAAGGCCUUGGUUCAAAUUCUAGCGCCGUUAUUUACUUUUCUGAGCUUUGUCUGAGUUUCCCUCUCCUCCUUUUCGGGGGGGGGGGCCUAGAAAAAGAUCCUGAAGUCUCUUCCAGCUGCCAUUCUAAAGUCCUGUACUCAUUCUCAAGCCCCUAGUCACCCUUCCAUAGGGCCUUGCAUGCCCACCUCUCUCCUAGGGUAGCUGCCCAGGUCUGGUCUUCCAGGACCAGCUGCUUCCCAAGAUUGAAUGGUGAUUCUUGACUGACACCAGCAGAGGGUGCUGUGGGCCCCUGAAUGGGGAUGGGGAUGGGGUGGGGUUGGGGUGUUUGAAACUCAACUUCCCCAACUGUGGUCAACUCUGGAUCUCUCCCUCUCCAGGUCAGUGUGUGCGCACUCAGGGAAAACUGGGCUUGGACUAGAACUCUUAAGAACUCUCUUCCAGCCAGCCUUAAAGUCCGAGGAAUGUGGGUGACUGGGAGGUGAAUUUGGGGGGAGGAGGAGGCAGGAUGCAGAUGCCAAGGAGAAUUUUUCUUUUAAUCUGCUGUUUUAAGAGAUCUGGCAUCUGUGCUGCCCCCUCUUGCAGGUAAUUGAGAGUCAAUUCUGUUUGGGUGGUGGCCAACUAGUGCCGCCAUCUUGGUAGAGGUGAGGGAGGUUAGCCACGACCAGCCAGUACCAGCCUGAAUCUUCCCCCAAAUUCCUUCUCCCUCACCCACAUUCCUAGUCUUCAGAUGACCGCUGCCCCCUCCCAGGAUGCUGGGGUGGUUUCAGUUUUUAAUAAAAAUUCUCACUUGUCUGAA